GUCAACGAAGAUGGCUGUGUAUUUGUGUAGAACUCCAAUAUCGACCGACGGUCACAAAAAAUGAACAUUUGAACAAUGAACCUCUACCACUAAGAACCGGAGCCAGAAAAAGAUGGGAUGUUGUUGUGACGAAGAAGACGAGCUGCUUUUUGUGCCAUUGAAUCCACAGGAAACCGUUCAAACUCCUCCCUCUUCGUCUUCCGGCACAACCACAGCCUACGGCGGAGACGCCGUUAUCUCCCCGAUGAAUUCCAAUUUCCCUGCUUUGCUAUGCCAGGACACUCUCCGCGCGAUCCUCGAGAAGCUCCCUCUGCCUGACUUAGCACGCGCGGCGUGCGUUUGCAGGCUCUGGAAUGCAGUCGCCUCCGAUAGGGAGAUGAAGACCAGUGCGUUCAAGGCUCCAUGGAAGCUCAAGGACAUCAUUGGAAACCCUAGCUCGGGUGCUUUCUGGAGAGACAAUAGCAUCUCCAAAUUCGCCAUUUCUCACCGAAUUGUCCGUGGUGAUAGUUUAGCUAGCCUAGCUGUCAAGUACUCAGUUCAUGUUAUGGAUAUAAAACGUUUGAACAACAUGAUGAGUGACCAUGGCAUAUACUCAAGGGAGAGGUUACUGAUCCCCAUUAGCAAUCCUGACCUGCUAAUGGAUGGCACAUGCUAUGUGGAGCUGGAUACCCAUGCAAAAAGGGAAGUGGCAGUGUUAUAUCUUGAGGGAUGCCCUGAUGAAAAUUCCAGUUGUCUGUUGAGAGGGCUCAUGACAUCUGGACAUGGCAAGAAAAGGGUGAUUGACUCCUUGAGGAGGAGCAUGCGAGUUGACGACGGAAUUGCUCGAUACUACGUGGCAGUGUCCAAUGGUGAACCCAGAACAGCCAUUGUACAGUUUUCUGAGGAUAUGAGGUGGGAGAGACAGGUCGGGCUGGCUUAGUUUUCAAAUCUUGUUUCAGAUAUGAGGUGGGAUUUUAUGCAUCUAUAUAUUGUGUGUUUAAAAUUUAAUGUUGAAAAGGAUCCCAUGAAGGGCAAGUUGUUGAUCAAUCAAAAACAGCAGAACAGGCAAGUACUUGUCAUUCUUUGUGUCUGCUUAACCGUGUUGUGCUCUCAAAUAAAAUGUACUACCUAUUUCACUUCUAUGUAUAUGUUACAGACCAAUUCUAUGGUCGGAAAUAUCAACGUAGAAAUCGGAUGAUCAGGAAGGAUGAUUCUGGAAUCCAAAGUGGCUGAGAAAGAAAUCUCUUACCUGGCAGUUUUAGGAAGCUUCCUAAUCAGCAGCUUCCUAAUUAGCAUUUAUCUCUUUCUCUAAUUAUUUCUAGCUUCCUAUUCAUCAGUUUCGUAAUUAGCAUUUAUCUCGUUUCAAUAAUUAUUCCUAUUAUGCUUUAGGCAACUUCUUAAUCAGCAUUUAUUUUCUUUUAGAAUCAGGACUCUUGUAAUAUAACUAUAUAAGGGUCAUUAGUAUUAUUCAGCGGUGGAGAAUUAAUUCUUGAAUCAGAUUAAUUCCACUGAGCUGUUUCUUAUAAUUCUUCCA